GUGUGUGUGUGUGUGAUCUCGUGCUGUCGUGCUCAAACAUCGCGAUACGAGUCUCGCUGGAGUUGAAGUUUUGCGGCUUUUUCGUGUCCGAGCGUGAAGGACUGACAGUGAAGAUGAAGAUGAAGAUGAAGGUGCUGCUGCUGCUCGGGUGUUGCUGCGGACUGGUGUGUGCUGGUCAGAAUCGCUCGGAUCCUCGUGAUCAGAGACUUUUUCCAGUGCUAUCGAUUAAUUAUGAUUAUGUUCAGAUGCCGUUCGAGGUCUCGCUGUGGAUUCUGCUCGCGUCACUCAUGAAGCUGGGCUUCCACCUGCUCCCGGUUCUGUCCGGCGUGGUUCCCGAGAGCUGUCUGCUGAUCGUGGUGGGGCUGCUGGUGGGGGGUCUGAUCCGAGUGAUGGGGAAGAACCCGCCGGUGCUCGACUCGCAGCUCUUCUUCCUGUGCCUGCUGCCGCCCAUCAUCCUGGACGCCGGCUACUUCCUGCCCAUCCGGCCCUUCACCGAGAACGCCGGCACCAUCCUGACCUUCGCGGUGCUGGGGACGCUGUGGAACGUCUUCUUCAUGGGAGCGGUGCUGUACGGAGCCUGUCGUCUGGAGGCCGGCCGCCUGGCGUCCGUGGACCUGCUGUCCUGCCUGCUGUUCGGCUCCAUCGUGUCGGCCGUGGAUCCGGUGGCCGUUCUCGCCGUCUUCGAGGAGAUCCACAUCAACGAGCUGCUGCACAUCCUGGUGUUCGGAGAGUCCCUGCUGAACGACGCCGUGACCGUGGUCCUGUAUCAUUUGUUCGAGGAGUUUGCGCACGCGGGCGAGGUGACGGUGGGCGACGUGUUUCUGGGCGUGGUGUGUUUCUUCGUGGUGGCUCUGGGUGGAGUGAUGGUGGGCGGCGUGUACGGAGUGCUGGCGGCCUUCACCUCACGCUUCACGUCGCACACGCGUGUGAUCGAGCCCCUCUUCGUCUUCCUCUACAGCUACAUGGCGUACCUGUCGGCCGAGGUCUUCCACCUGUCCGGCAUCAUGGCGCUCAUAGCGUGCGGCGUGGUCAUGCGGCCCUACGUGGAGGCCAACAUCUCCCACAAAUCCUACACCACCAUCAAGUACUUCCUGAAGAUGUGGAGCAGCGUGAGCGAGACCCUGAUCUUCAUCUUCCUGGGCGUGUCGACGGUGGCCGGGCCGCACGCCUGGAACUGGACCUUCGUGAGCAUCACUAUCGUCCUGUGCCUGCUGUCCAGGGUUCUGGGUGUGGUCGGUUUGACGUACAUCAUUAAUAAGUACCGUAUGGUGAAGCUGAGCGGUAAGGAUCAGUUCAUCGUGGCGUACGGCGGACUGAGGGGCGCCAUCGCCUUCUCGUUAGCCUUUCUGCUGUCCAGCGACGACUUUCCCAUGAAGGACAUGUUUCUGACGGCCAUCAUCACCGUCAUCUUCUUCACCGUGUUCGUGCAGGGAAUGACGAUCCGACCCCUCGUUGAGCUUCUGGCGGUCAAGAAGAAGAAACAAACCAAAUGCUCAAUAAACGAGGAGAUUCACACUCAGUUUCUGGAGCAUCUGCUGGCUGGAAUCGAGGGUGUGUGUGGACACUACGGACACCAUCACUGGAGACACAAGCUGGAUCGCUUCAAUAAGCGCUACAUCAGGCGCUGUCUGAUCGGCGGAGAACGAUCGCAGGAGCCACAGCUCGUCUCCUUCUACAACAAGAUGGAGCUCAAACAGGCUCUGAUGCUGCUGGAGAGCAACAGCUCAGCCAAUCUGAGCACAGGAGACACUGCAGCCGCACCACGGCAGCGCAGCCGGAAAACACUCAACAUCUCUAAAGAACGAGAAGAUGAAAUCAGGAAGAUCCUGCGAGCAAACCUGCAGAAGACCCGACAGAGACUGCGCUCGUACAGCCGGCACACGCUGAUGCCGGACGCUGAGGACGAGGACUGGAGCGAGACGCGGCUCAGGAAGCAGCGCCUGCAGAUGGAGAGAAGAAUGAGCCACUUCCUGACGGUUCCUGCUCACCGAGGGUCUCCUCCAGCGAGACGAGCGCGGGUCGAGUCAGACAGUCCAGCGCUGGCGGCCAGACCCAGCAUCCUCUUCAGCCUCGCCGAUGAGAGAUGGGAGAGCCGAGGACGCAAGCCCAGCGUGAAGUUCGCUCUGGACGUGGAGGAGCAGAAGCUGCCUCGAUGUGUGAGUGAUCCGGGAGCAGAUCAGCUGCUGGAGGAGGAGGACGAGAACAUCCGUCACAGACACUAGGAGCGCUUGCCCAGCAGUGUUUGCUUGUGUUUAUGAGUGUUUUAUACCGAUCCAAAUGAUUAAACUA